AUGCCUGCGUUCUCUACGAACGACGAUAUAUACUGAAGCGUAUACCAUACAUCUUUUGCAAUCCCGCCUGACCAGCUCUCAACAAUCCAGUCACCACGGGCAGACAUUAUGUGCGACUGGAAGGUGUAGGGCCACCACUCCCACAGUGACGCUACUGAGGACUUGUCCCAACAUCUUGAGGGACGAGUUCCUCGGUUAGCGCAAUGUCCCCCCGCCAGGCAGGGCUGCUGGCCGUGGCCGCUCUGCUGCCUAUGUGGACCGUGAACGGCCAGGUGCGCAGCACCCUCAGCAGCGACUUCUUCUGCGGCCUGCCCGACAACUCCAGUGCCGUGUUCAGCACCGACGAGGGGUUGGUGGCCAACACCAGCCUGCCGCUCGUGCAGUUCAUGGUGUGGGCGGACGCCAGCGUGACGCAGGGCAUGUACAUCACCUACUCAAGUGGGGACACCGGGCACAUGCAUGGUGGCUACCGCGCCCUCGCGCAGAACGGCGCGCAGCAGAACAGCCCCGGCUACACCUUCCCCCCUGCGCCCGCCCCGCUACACCGCACCAUCACGGCUGUGCGGGCCUGCUGCAUCGACGCGCCCCAGUUCGUGUCUGGCAACGGCAAUGGCGUGCAGCGGCUGCACUUCCGCACGGCGAAUGGGACGGUGAUUGCGAUCGGCGCGACCGGCGGUGACCCCUGCGCACAGCCCCAGCCCUGGGUGGAUGUGCCAGCCGGGUACGAGCUGGCUGGCCUGAGGUCGUUGGUGCCGGCUCCCUACUCGGACACUGUCUUCCUCCACCGCAUCGGCUUUGUGUUCGGAGGCUUGCCGUCUUCCCCGCCCUCCCCGCCGCCCUCCCCGCCAUCCCAGCCUUCACCGCCUGUCGCUCCGCCGGGAAGCCCGACGCCUGCCAGCCCUGUGCCGCCCAUGCCGCCGAAGCCGGCCGUGACCACGUCUUCGUUCCAGUGCGGCUCAGGGGUCGCCGACUACUACGUCGUCACCCGCGACUCAGACGUGCCGUACAUUGAGGCCGGUGGGGCGCUGAUAGGGCUCCAAGGCCUCGGCCAAAGGACGUACAUGUCUCGCCUGCAGCCAUUGUACCGCGGCGACCUGUCCGCCCCCGCGCACGGCCUGCGCUACCAGAUCAGCCCCAUUGACUUCGCGCUCAUGAACAUGUACUCCGACUUCCCGGACGUGGACCUGCUGGCCGCCUGGAGCCUGUCCAGCCCCCAGCGCGUCGUGGCCGUCAGCGCCUGCUGCUCCUCCGGCAAACUCAACAUCUACACCAACAUGGUCGCGCGGCUGCUGUUCAGGCGGGCCAACGGCGAUGUGUUCAGCCUUGGCGCUGCCGGAUCCAACGAGUGCCAGCGCCCGCAGGGAUGGAUUGACGUUCCGCAGGGGUCGCUGCUGGCUGGCUUUGUCACCGACACCUUCAGUGACUACGCCAGCUAUGGCGCCCUCAACCCAACAGUCGUCAUUGACCGCAUUGCGUUUGUCUUUGCGACGCCGCUUCCGGGACAGUGGACUCAGCCCGACCCGCCGCCACCAUCCACGCCGAGCCCACCCAUGAAGCUCACCCGCCAGAGCCGCUUCUUCUGCGGCUCCACCUUCGACUCGCCGGCCACCUCGCCAGGCAACCUUAACCCUGGAGCCCCAAACAACCCCUACGUCCCCGCACUCGGCGCUUUGGUUGAAAGUGACGAUGACGUCGCGGCGCUGGGCUAUCCCCUCACCGCCAUCACCUUCAGUGUACUCCAGUCCUUUGGAGCCAUGAAUCAGGCCCGAUCCAUGUAUGGAUCCGUUCCGGGCCGGUGGCACAAGGCGCCUGGUUUUGAUGUUGGAAGCGAUUACGGCGCCGACCUCACGACGUCGUGGGGCGCCAUGAGCCCAGAGCGGGUGGUGGCUGUGAGCGCGUGCUGCUCCGCCAGCGGCAUGUCGGGCCAGGCCAUGACGCCCAUCAAGGUGGUGCUGCGCACAGCCUCCAACCGCACCAUAGCCAUAGGCUACGACUCGUCCGGCCGCCUCACGGCGUACCCGCCCUCAGGCGACCCCUGCUACAGCUUCGUGCCGCAGCCCUUUGAGCCGGUGCCGCCCGGGUUCCUGCUGGGUGGGCUGGCGACUGAGUCAGUCAUUGGGGGCGGCGGCCCCGGCUUCGACCGCCUGGCUUACGUGUUUGUACAGGCGCCCCCGCCUCGACCCGAGGACUAUGUGCCGCCACCACCAGCACCACCGCCACCACCAUCACCACCACCACCAUCGCCGUAUGGCGCCUUUUACCGCAGCAGCUCAGGCGACGGCUCGGGCGGCAGCAGCAUGGCCAUCGGCAUUGGCGUGGCUGUGGGCGGUGUGGCCCUGGUGGGUCUCGCGGCCCUGACCUUCCUGGGACUGCGGCGCCGCGCCCGGCAGCGCUACGGCAGCGAUGUCGCUUUCGACGGCGCCACGUGCGGCUUCUACCCCGCCUUCAUGCCGCCCUCGCCGCCCCCGCCUCCGCCGCGACCGCAUCAGCAGUCCACGCCCUUUGCCACGCGCUCGCCGCCCCUGCAAGCUCCGUAUCAGCAGCAGGCGUCGGCCGCGGCGGCUCAGCCGCUGCUGCCGAACGCCGUGUCUUCGGGACGGCGCCAGCUCAGCAUUUCGCAGUCGGUGGCGUUGCAGAUUCAGCUGCUCAUGGGUGGGGGCGGCGGCGGCGGGGACGGGGUGGCAGGAGCAGCAGUCGGCACACGCCACCCGGCGGCGGGGGAGCCCUGGCAUUUGCAGGACUCGGGGGCAGCGGCGGCGGAGGGCGCAGCCGCGGGCGGCAGCGCUGAGGCAGUAGUGGAAUCUUUCUCUGCGUCGGCCUUGCAUGCCGCCACCGCUGGCUUUGGGGACUCGCACCUGCUUGCUGACCUGAGCAGCGAUGGGGGCGGGGCCGUUUACCGCGGCAGCUGUCCGCAGCAGCCGUCGCAGCAGGAUCCAGGGUGCGGCGGCGGCGUUGCAAGUGCAACAGGCAGCAGCACUUGUGGCGGUGGUGGUGGUCGGGACGUGGCGGUGUGGAGGCAGACCGCCGGCGCUGUGACACACGAUAUGGCGGCAGUGACCCGCCUGGCGGCACUGCGGCACCCGCACCUGCUGCCGCUGCUGGGGAGCUGCCCGGACGACAAGUCGUUGCUGGUGUAUGACUUGGCCCAACGCGCCACCACCGCCACCACCACCACCACCCUGGUGGACCGCAUGUUGCACCAGCAGCGGCCUAGGGCCGGGGCUGGGGCUGCCUUGUCGCCUGCUGCAGCACCUGCACCUGCACCUGCAUCGGUUCUGGGCUGGAGGGAUCGGGUGCGCAUCGGUGCUGAGGUGGCGUCGGCGGUGGCGUUCCUGCAUGCCCAGGCGCCACCGGUGUUCUGCAGAGUGCCGCUGGAUGCCGGCCGGGUUGUCAUGGACGGCUCGGGGGCUGCCCGGCUGGGCUUUGUGGGCACGGCUGCUGUGGCGGCGGGUGGCUGCGGUGAAACAUCAGUGGCGACUGCAGCGGAGGGGGAGGAGAACGACACACGCGCGCUGGGCGUGCUGCUGCUGCGGCUGCUGACGGGGGACGCCACUGGGGAUGCGGCGGCGCUGGUGGCCCGUGUGCGUGGCGCGCAGCAGGCAGACGUGGCGGGCGGCGGCGGCGGCCGAGCCCUGGCGGCGCUGGCGUUUGACGCCGCCGCCGCCAGUGGUGCCGCCGCCAGCAGCAGCAGUGGUGAUGGUGCCAGCGACGUGUGGCCGGCGGCGGAGGCGCUGGCAUUCGCUGAUGUGGCGCUCAGGUGCUGCGGCUGCGGCGGCGUCAGCGCGGGCGGAGCCGCCGCCAGCAACGGCACUGCCGGGGUGCCGGGCCUGAGGUCCGCCGUGCUGCCGCACCUGCUGCAGCUGAGCAACCGCACUCGCCUGUACGACCCGCAUCAGCAGCAGCAGGCGCCGACACCCUCCGCCGCCGCCCUCGACUACCCGCCUGCGGAGGUGAAGGGCGCUGCCGCUGCGGACGCCGACGCGGAGGAGGAGCAGGAGGAGGAGGAGCAGGACGCCCCGCCGCCGCUGUUUGUGUGCCCCAUCACCCAGGACCUGAUGGAGGACCCUGUGGUUGCUGCUGACGGCUUCACAUACGAGCGAGCCGCCAUCGCCGAGUGGAUGAGCCGCGGCGCCGUGGGCGGCCGCACGCCGCGCAGCCCGCUCACCAACCUGCCCUUCGAGCACCGCACCGUGCUGCCCAACCGCGCCGUCAAGAGCCAGAUCAACAGCUGGCGGGAGGAGCAGGCGGCCAAGGCUAAGGCGGCGCAGCAGAGGAGGCGGGGCACGGAGCGGCCUCAGGAGGACCGUGGGCAGUAAGCAGCCUCGCAGGCUGGGCGGGGGUGGUGGCGGGCUACGAGGCCAGCAGGAACAAGCGAGACAUUUGGACUCUGGUACCAUCAAAGUACGGCACUGGCGCACGCUGGCGCAUGCAGUGUGCUGGCUUGAGAGUGAAACCGUAUGCCAACAGUGUGCACAACUACGACAUAACAACAUUACUGCUCCCCAUACGAAGAAAUCCCCAUUGCAUGCACUUUAUCGUGUGUGGGCGCAGCUGGCGCGUUUACCACUGCCCUGCAGUUCCCAUUGGCUUCAUCAAUUCCUUUACAUGUUUUCCUGGGCUCUUUAUUGGUCGGCUUGCUUUACUCAUUUAUGCUCCUGGGCGAUUGCCUUCAUGAUUAGUCGUUCAGGUGGUUGGUGUGUGGUGUGUGCCCAUGUGGCGGUGCACACGCCGUGUGGGCUUGAUUGCACCCACCAGGCUGCAUGUAUCGUGGAGAAUCCAUGGCACCGUGUUGUGAAUGCACGGCACAUGGUGUCGCUUAUGUUGCCAGAUGGUGACUACUAGCAAGGCUAGGAGGCAAGGCAGGCGGUAGGACUACCCAGUUGGCGUGUCCCUUCCCUUCGGGGAGGGGCAGUACCGUAGCCCUUGCGCUCGCAUCGAGCUCCGCAGGGGGGGGAAGGACCCUUCUCACACUUAACGAAGCUUGCAGUGCGGUACAUCCCGAGGCGCCUGAAGCAAGGCCUGCCCACGAACACCACCCGCCACCAAUCGCUUAGUGACUUUUGGCCACUGAACAUGGCGUGCGGCGAUGUGGGGGGGCCUGGAGCUGCGGCUGGUGUACUUGCGGGCAGGGGCCAAGAAUGAGGUCGCCGCGCCAUGACAGAUUGACAGUGGAGCGGAGUCCGCGGAGGCGCCGGGCGGACGGGGCGCGGCAAGCGGGCAACGGGGCGAGGAAAGCCCCAAUGCAUGCUGGUGCCAGGCCGGGGGCCUAGUAGUGCGUGCCGCACCGUGUGCUCCGGAGGGGUCUCGAGUCCUGACAGCCUUACAGGGGAUGUUGUGAGCGCGGCGAGUGCUUUGGCAUUCGUUGGCGUA